AUGGAGAUCACGUGGUCCACGCCACCUUUGCUGGGGGAAAUGACGUACUACAACAUAUGCAGACGAAAUGUGGUAAAGCACGUGAUUCUCUGCAGAAACCUGUCCUUUGGUUGGUUGCAGAUCCUGUUGCAGAUCCUGUUGCAGAUUUCCCUGGUCACUGAUGUUGAUGUCUUGAAGGGCCAACAAAAAGAAGAAAGGAAAUUCAACAAAAUCUGGGAGACAUCUCAAACGAACAGCACCCUCCAAGUGCCGCCAUCCCACUUCAUCAUUGAGCUGAUGAAUUCUUGGUCUUUAUCCUAUUCUCUUGACCUACUUCGUUCGGCCUCUUUACACCUUUCUCAUACCCCGUCUCAUCCAUCUUCCCCUCCUCUGCCUGCCCCUGGGUCUCCUGGACAUGUCACUCCAUCGACUCUCCCAAGGACGGACCUGAAAACCCCGUCCUCCACCUUCAGCUAUGCCGAUUGCCAGCCGACCAUGGGCAACGCCGUCUCGUCACCCUCCAAGCUUGCUGGCAAUGCCAAGCUUCAUGAGCCCGUCUCCCUUGACCUCGAUGGCCGACCUCAGAAGCGUCGUCGACUCGGCCCUGCCGCCGCCGCCGCCGCCACCACCGCCACCGCCGCGGGACGUGCUCCCCCCAAUGGUGUGCCGAAGGAGAAGGACCACUCUCUCGCCGACCAGCUCUUCGUCGCUCACGAGGUAGGGUCCAUCCAGCGCACUCUUCGCGUCCAUGUCUUGAAGAUCGUUCACAAGGACCUGGCCAAGGUCAAGGUUGGCAACGCCGUAAACGACUCGACCGCCGCCCCUCGUAAUGUCCAGGAAACCAAAGCCCGAUGCAAGAUCAUGCUCACCCACGGCGGCACCAAGGCCGGCGGUGAGAGCGAGAGCGAGAGCGAGAGCGACCAUGUCAUGCUCCAUUGCCAGAGUCAGAUCUGCACCAUCAAGACCUUCCAAAGCCCUGCCGGCCCCUUUCCCAUGGCCCGCAUUUACCUCACCCGGCCCUUCCACAUUCCAGAGGACAGCAUCCUCGUCAACCGCACCGACAACCACCUCUUCGACUUGGCUGAUUCCUACAAGAUCACUGUUGAGCUGGAACCCGUCGGCCCGGGCGCCUGGCCCCCUCUGGGAUCCCUUCCUCUCUCCGAACCCGGCCUCCCCUCUCCACGCGCCUCGAACGGCACUGAGAAUUGGACGUUGGCGGGGGAAGUAGCACACAUCUUCGGCAGGACCCGGUCCAUGGCCCCCCUGACACUGCGGAAAUCCCAUUCCCAUUCCCAUUCCCAGGGCAACGGGCACGGGCACGGGCACGGGAUACGCACCGAUUACCUCAUCGACGUUGACGCGCGAUGGAGUACAGGUUACGAGGCAAGCGCCAUCAGGCCGCUGGAGAAAGGCGUCGAGCCGUCUAUCAUCGUCGAGGGGACGGCCUCUCCGGGCAGGAAGCAGGCUGCGCAAGAGGACGACGACGCCGCUAGGCAUGCCAUCGACCAGCGAAAUGGGCACGUCAAUGAGGACAACAACCGCGACGACGACGAGGAUGACCAACAGGAUGGAGAACUCACGCCGAACCGCUCCUUGCGGACGCGGGAGACCAAGAAUUACAACCUGAAGCUGCUAAGUGACAAGGCCCAGGGAAAGGAGAGGGCCCGGAGAAAACGAAAGAACGUAGAUGUCGCGGAGAGUGGCCGCAUCUCGCGCAUCUCAUACGACCUGCCAGCCGAGCAGGUUCAUCUCUCGUCGUUUCGAUGCGUGACAUGCGGCAACUCCCACGCAUCUUUGAAACAGCUGCAAGCCCACUUGGAGUGGCAGCAUCCCGAGUACGAAUAUAUCGCCCAGUCCACCGCCAAGGGCGUCCAUUUUCAAGUGUCUCAUCGGGCCGAGGCGACUGCCGCCUUCGACCCACAGAUGUACGAAUUCACGUUGCCCACCAAGGCCUUCGGCCUAUACCCCUCCUUCGACGACAGAGAAGAAGAUGGCUCAGACUCCGGCAACCGGGCCCGUCCUAAACCCGGCGACGACUACUCGGAUCAUGUCCGCAACGGUAGAUCGAAGACGAAAAGCUUGCCCGCUUGGCGAGGCGCGUCACCCGUUCCCGAGCCCCAGAAGAUCAUCAUACCCAAGACCUCGCAGCCGCUCUACGACCCGCUCAGCCGGGCCCCGCUCGAGCCGGGAACAGUGUUUCACAGACUCAAACCCGACGACAGAUGGCUCGUUCAGUGGCAUCGCGAGGCCAUCGAGGACUUUUCCGACAUCCCCCCCGAGGAGCGGGAGUUCAUGACCACCUGGGACGAAUUCAUGCUCACCCAGCGCAUCGCCACAGACGCCUUCUUGCCGUCGUCCUGGUUGGAGUUCGUCAAGCUCAAGGCCGACUGGUUGGUUCGUUCGGCGUCCCGAAUGACCGAGUUCGGGAAGCAUUUGUCUUACCUCUUGAUGAGGGACGUGCUCAACGACAAGACGAUCCAGGAGGCCUUCCGGGUCGUUGCCUCCGCCCGGGCGAGACUCAGGCACCGAGAACGCGACGGCCAGCCGACCGGACCACCGCGACCGUCGUCCAAGGAGCACCAGGCUCGCAAGAGCGCGGCCAACUGCCAAGUCUGCAACCAGCAGGUUUUGGGGCCGCGGUUGCUCGUGUGCUCUAACCCCGCUUGCAAGCGACGCAUAUACCACUCGAAUUGUAUCCGGGAGAACGCCAAGAUGGAUGUCCACGAGGAUGAUUGGAGCGGACGUAGGUCGUUCAGCCUUGCCAGCCCCGAAUUCGACGUCAUCCUGGAAGACUGCGCCAGAGAGAGAGAUGACGGGAGCAUGAACUGGAAGAGAACGGAGAAAGGUCCCCGGGAAUGCCACCGCAGGUCCGCCCUAGUCACGGGGAUCGAUCACACGCGGCUUCAACCCCCCUAA